ACAGAAAUUUACAUAUUAUAACUGCAGGAGAAGCGUGUAUAACGCGGUUGCGGAUUGUCGUGGAAGUUUCGAAUGCGUGUGUUCGUUCUGCUUGAAGUCUGGUUCGAGAAGUGUUUCUCUGAAUGAGAAACGGCGGCUAAAAUUCCCCUUAUAUCUGUGGGCAACAUGAUAUGAAAAGGAAGUGACGUCGUAAGGGUGGGCUUCUGAGCAAAGUGUGAUCUGAGUGAUAUUUCAGCGAAGUUGACUGUUUGCCGUCCUUGAAUAUCGCCGCCGCAAUCCGAUAACGCCGUAUGACAGUGCUGUGUGCCAAGCCGACGUGAUAUUUCGUAAGGUUUUCUCCAUGUUGAUAGCUCUCAGGGAACGAUUUUUGGGGGACGUUCUCGAUGGAUCGCCACCUUCGUUCAUCUACGGCAAGUGUGAAUGGCGACAAUCACUGUUAUUACGACAAUGAAUCGAGUUACCAAGAUACAGGCGUCUACGAUUGCGAUGGCAAUAUGUUACCAGACUUACUGGAUUCUCAAAUAGAUAAUUCCCUAAAAGGAUUGGAUAUGGGUGCCAUAAAGAAAAACUCCUACGAUCGAACUCGAGCUGCGAUGGCGGCAAUAAAUCCAAUGCUGGCCAAAAAAGUGUUACCUGUUCCAAAUGAACUUACAAUAGAGGAAGCUGCAGCAAUUUGUAUCCAAGCUCAUUAUAGAGGAUAUUUAGCCAGAAAGCUUUUUGUUCAGCUGCUGUACGAAAGAUUCAUCAAGGAGGAAGAGGAAAGAGAAGCGAAAACGAGAGAGCAAGUGGAAGAAGGAGAAAUUCUGGUGGAAAACUAUCGCUUAAACCUUGAAAUGGAAGAAAAUACUUGUUUACGCAAAAACCUCCGGCGGGGAGUUGAAUGCGAUGUUAUAACUAUCCAAAGAGCCUGGAGACAUCAUAAGAAGCAAUCUCAAGAUCAGAUCAUUGCAAGACCAGGAACCACAAACUCUUAUGACAUGCCAGAUUUUGAAGCAGCAUCACAACUGUUGUUUUCCACUCCAGACAUGGGAAGUUUACAUAUAAGGACAAACCCAUUUAUGAAGAGUGCAGAGAAUACAUCUUAUUGUGACGAUGAUAAUCUUUCAGAUGUUUUCAAUGACAGCCUUGAACAGGUAGAAGAGGAGAAUUUUAGAAACAAACGAGAACAUGGACCUCACAGACAUGUUUUAUAUGAUGGUGAUCAUGUCUUGGAAGGUGACACAUUUAACGAUGAACUAACAGGGAUGGAUUCUGUCAGCACACCGGCAGAAUUGCCAUCACCGACAACUGACUGGGAAUCAAUAGAAUCUUGUCUCACUUCAGAGGGUGAAACACAGGACUUGGAAAACAGUGAGCUUCCUGGCACAUCCAAUGAAAGGCUAAAACAUUUUUCCUUAAAACCAAUUGAUUUGCAAAUUUGUUUUGUUGAUGAUACACUCCUAAGUGAUGUUGAAGGGGACGAAGAUGGUUGUGUCAUAAAAGAGUACAUUAUUGAAAAACAAGAUGUCUCAGAUGAAGAAAAACGAGAUUCAGGCUGCAUUGCAGGUGACGAUGAGACAUGUGAGUCUUUUAGCAUAAAAACAGUAAGACCAGAAACGCUGGAAAAACAUGAGAUAUCGCAGGAGGAAUCUGAGAAAGUGCUAAUAGAACUGAGAGAGCAGGACAGUGACGGUGACAAGGAUAAUGAAAAACAGGAAAAUUGCACAAAUGUGAUGCUUGGAUGGACUGAGGAGAGGCUACAAGAACUAAAUUUGGACGAACUCAGAGCACUCCAGAAAAAUAUGAGCCAACUGAUUGAAGCUCAAAAUGAAGUGCUGGUUACGGAGCUAAUGAACAGAGAUGCUCUUCAUCUCAGACAGGAUUCUCUUCUCAUGGAUGUUGAGGAUGCAUCAAAAACUGCACAGGCACAACAUCAGAAGACACAGAAAGGCAGGAAGUGAUAGUUCUUCUCUGCUGCUUAAGUUGCACUUUAACAAUUUUUUUUUUUUUUUGGUCCUGUUAAUUUUUUGGAUUUACAGAGAGUAGUUACAAAUUAUUUCAAUUGUCAGUUGAAUGUAAAGUGGUGGUAUUUUAUAUUUAAUGAGUGAGAAAAAAGAAAAGGCUAAGUUUAUUUUUAAGGCUGUUAUUCUUCAAACUGAAAGUGCAAUUGUAAUAGUAGUAAGCAAAUUGCUAUCUUAAAAAAUUCAAACAGAAAUCUUAUGCAAACUGAAACAUUUUGACAGUUCUUACCCCAGGAGAUGGGUGUCGCUUAUCUCUGAGUUCCAUAGUGUUCUGUAUUUUUGCUUGGUUUACCAUAGUUGAAAUAAUGAUCUUGAACAAUUGCAAUAAAUUUGCAGGUGUCACUUAAGUAUAACUAUCAGGAAUGGGUUUGAAUAGAUCUUUAUUUUUGUAUCGUAUUUGUUAAGCAUAAGUCAAGGGUUAAAGAUGUCUAGAAAGAUAGAUACGUUAAGUUUGCCACACAGUAGAUGUGCUAAUUUUUUUAUUGAUGCAGCAAAAGUGCCUCUGAGAUUUAUCCUGCUUCUCCCAUUUUUUUUUUCUUUUGAUUUUUUAGUAGCUCCGUACACAUCUACAUAUAUUUAUUUCUCUUACUUUCAUACUCAGGUAGAUGAAUAAUGGUUAGAACUUCCACUGUAAUUCUAGAAUCUAAGAUUUUCAUGAGCACUCAUUGGUCACACUGUGGCAUUACUGAUCUCUCAUAGAUUGUUUUAAGUCUUUCACUCCAAAGAUCAUACAAGUAAUUCUCCUUACUGCCCACCAUACAUUUCUCUAAUAUUAAUUCUAAGAAAUUAGUGUUGGAUCAAGAAAUAAUCUCCCAGUUGUUAUUUUCUUUCUCCUCGUCACAUGUCUACUUGAUAUUGUCUUGAUAUUGUAAGGAGAAGUUGACUUGGUCAAUGCUGGGAGUCAAAGGGUUAAAUAGAUCUUUUUAAUGGCAGGCGUUAUUGUUAUUCUAACCAUUUUCGCCACAUUACCGUAGUAGGGUAGGACUAGAACGGAACAUGUCCAUGCAAGAAGGCUUCUUGCCCUUGCUUUUGAAUGAAAAUUAUAUUGAUUUAACACUUGUUAUGAGGGUCAGAAAGGCUAAUCUACAGGAGUAUAACACAAGGCUGUGCUCUAAGGAAAAUUGAAUGGGGCCCAGUGCCCUGAAACUGUGAAAUCCAGGGUGCCCAUCAUAUG